GAGAGAGCGCCCGGCCCGUUCCUUCCCGGCCAGACGAAGCGAGCGAGCGGGGCAGUGAGGAGCGAGCGAGGCAGUGAGGAGGCAGGUAGUCAGAGGUAAAACCAAGGGAGCAGUUGCUGCUGCAGGGGAGGCGAGGCGAGGCGAGGCGAGGCCCGGAGACCUGACCAGACCACAGCACCAGUCUUUUCCUCCUUCUUUGAGCAACUAGAGUGUCGCAGCGCAGUCUGCCUCGAUUUUUUUUUGAAAAUUUGUGCGCUUGACCACUCUGCCGCGGCGUUGAGCAAUCUUCCGUUGUCAGGGCUCUGCAACGAUUGAGGCCUAAAACGCCCAUUUGGUUAGGGUUUCUGUCACUCUCGGCUAGGCCUGAUACAGCGUCGCUGCCCGUCAUAACGGCUCAGCCUCAAGAAGAGGCUGCAAACAUGAUUCAGGGCUUGAUGCCUUCCGGAUAUGAACAAGGAGAUUAUAGAGCGCAGCAAGGACCCAAACGGGCACGUACAGACGGUGCUGUCCGUGGGGAAGGAGAUUGGACUUGCCCACAAUGUGGAAAUGUUAAUUUUGCUUUCAGGACGACAUGUAAUAUGCGCAAAUGUGGAGCAUCUAAGCCUGCAGAGGGUGCGCAGAGGGCUAUCGGAGGGCCCAUGGUUGCUCCUGCCAUGUACGAGCAGGCACCAGCCCCUAUGUAUAUGGGAGGACCAGGUGCACCACCUCCCCUACCACUGGCUCUACCGGCAACUUAUGGAACGCCAAUGCCUAUCGCUCCACAGGCAGUGACUUCAAGUGUUCCUUACGACUACGGCGCAUCAGUCAACGCAGUUCAACCUUACCAGCCAAUGCCCAUGACCGCUUCCUAUGGGCCUCCAGGGGCUGUAAUCGGUGGAGGGCCUGGAUAUGGAACUGGACCUGUGAUGGAUGGAUAUGGGAUGAGCAUGGGCAUGGGACGAGUACCGCCGAUCGCUGGGCCAAGAGGAGGACCUGUGAUGGGAUACGGCGAAGAAAAUGGCUCAAGGAAAAGGAGAGGAGGGCCGGAUGGUUUCUCCGAAGGUGACUGGGUUUGCCCCAAGUGUGGGAACACAAACUUUGCUUUUCGAACCACAUGCAACAUGAGGAAGUGUGGUGCUCCGAAACCUUCGGAACCGGCUAAUAGGUAUGGGAGUGGUCCAGCAGCACGAGCCCCUGCAACUCAGGGUCCACCGCCAGACGGGAGUUGGACGUGUGAAGCUUGUGGGAACGUAAAUUAUCCUUUUAGGACUAAGUGCAACCGCAGGAAUUGUGGAGCAGACAAACCUACAGAGCUGAAACAGACAGCGAAUUCUAGUUCUCCUCUCCCAUCUGAACAGGUCGGUAAUUAGUCUCGCGUUACAUUAUGCUAAAGGUAAAGUUGUGUUUCAGCAGUGUCCGUCCCUUGCAUAGAAUUGUGCGAAAUGCGGUGCUUCUUGUUUGCUGCUGAUAGUUGACAGCUGUGACUUAACUUCGUCAGAAAGUCACAAGGAUUUCAUGCCUUCAUGUUUAGUGUCUAGCAUGCAUUUUAAGUGAGUAGUGUAAUACCUGAGCCAUGCAGUGUUGGCCUAUGAUUGAUUCUUUCCCUCUGCAACUGUUCCAGUGAGUGCCCUUGUCGCACUGUGAGGUUGGAGGUCCAGAGUGGUCGUCGACAGUGCCAUUUUCUACCAUUCAAUGGUGUGUCAGGAGUCUGUUGAGGGGUCAUGUUGCGGCCGUCUUCUAUGCUGUCGUCGCGGUCAAGUAUUUACAGAAGGGCCACCCAUCCAUAGGGAGUUUAGCAGCUGCUUCCAUGGAUGGAUUGGCAUAUAAUGUGUUUGGCGCCGUUGUCACGUCAGCGUCAGCCGUAUGCAGCCUAUCAUGUAGCUUGUUUUGGAGUUCCAUGGAGUGACGUGCAGUGAAAUGGUAGAAGCUUGUCUGCAGCCGUGGUUGAUGUUAAUAUAGAGGCAUUCAAGCAGGGUUGAGGAGUCCCUUGAUAUCAGUUAGGUGGGACUGUUUCACAGAUUCAUUCUGAAGUCGUUUUUGGUCUUCUUUGGGGUAGACACUAGGUGCUUUUGUUAUAGGUUAAGAACAUUUCGGGUGUAGGUUUUGUCGCGAGCAUAUUUGAGUGUACUUCAAGAUGAGUGUAGUCCAGUCAGGCUCGUGCGUUAGAGAUAUUAAGGAGAAUAUAUACUGUAAACUGUAGAGAGCCUAAGGUUUAUGUUCAACCACAAGGCUGAGGGUAGACGAGGGCUCUGGAUGGUGUCACUGUAUCUUUUUGUUGUCACUAGAAUUUAUAGAGUCUAGGGUACAUAUCUCCGUAACGGAGAACUUGUGGUCAGUAGAGUCUUCAUAUGGGCUUGGUUGUCGAUCUAUUUCUCGUAUCCCCAUCUUGCAGAUACAAGUUCAAUGUUUGUCCACCAACGUCCGAUGCCACUGUUUGAAAGUCUUCAUGCCUAUCAGGUUUUUAAGUGAGUUGAUUUCCUUAGUGUAGCUGAUUCUAACGCCUGAUAAGGAUUACCAUCUUUCACUACUCAAUGCCGGUGGGUUGUUUGUAUACUUGAAUGACGUUUGUUGCGGAUGAGCAUUUGGGAGUAACGAAGGAAGCUGCCCCUGAAGGCGCUGCUACUGUUCAUUCACUCCACCUACUCUUGCUGGAGACAUGGCAUUGUUGUAAGAAGCCAUGUUUGUUUAAGCUCAGAUCCAGUUGUUCUUUGUUGCAUAUUGGAACAAGAGAUGUUGGCGAGUGUAGUUUGGAGAAGCAAUUUGAGGUAUCGGCAAUGUCUUUCUAGAAAUCUGGUGUUAUGCAACUUUGUUCGUGAUCAUUCUGUCACAACUGUAUCGAGAUUUCAUUCCUCAGGGCUGAUAUGUGGAAUCUGCCUGAUCCCUUUUUGAGGUUUUGAACAUGUGAUCUUCAACUUCAAGACGGCCUAAUAUCUGGUGCAGGAUCCUGUAUUUUUCUGCAGCGAUUGUUCAUGCGAACCGGUCUUGUCACUACCUUGAAUCAUCACUUGCCUUUCUAGUCUGAGCCCUGUUUCCCCAACUGUGCCCGAGGUCAGCUUCCGUGUCCAAAUGAGAUUCUUUGUCAAAGAAUAUCGUAGGUAAAAAUAAGAUUCCAGUUCUGAGUUCGAGUACGUGGUGUCGAAAGACGUAUUGGCGUAACAUGGAGGUUUAUUUUGGAGCAUUACAGGUUCGUUGUGCCUUUAGGAACAACCUCUCAUGAGCCGGAAAGAAAGCCUUCAGAAGUAGCAGCAAGCAAGAAGAGGGUAACUCAAAAAACUUGCAUUUUUGCGCGGGCUGUAUAAGGGGAUCUGAAUAUAGUCCCUCAGGUUUAUUUAGAACCCAAAGGAUGAUAACUAGUUUACUCUCUCCUUCCAGUUACCUCCUUCCAGUUACCGUCUCAUUUUUCACGACCCUCCCGCGUCUUCCACAUUCGCCAAUUAUGUUACUGCGAGUACACAUAAAUCAGGCGGGUAGUAUCGUCCCGUCUUCGCUUGAAAAUCCUAAUCAGUGUUUUUUUGUUUACAAAUGAUUAUAGGCUCCCUAUCCUUCGCUGACCUAAACCUAUCGAGUUAUUUGAAAGCACAGUCCAAUAGAAAUUCAAGUGCCCACGUUGUGUCAGCGUGCCGGUACAUACUAGCAACCAGGAUAUCAAAAUUUACGAACUUCGGAUGGUGUAUUUCCACCGGUUCUACCCGACAAACCGUCGUUCCAAGUCGAUGAAAACCCUGCAUAGCCGUUGGUUAUUCAAACAAUGAGGUUAAAGACGCCUGUCUGUGCAGGAUUUAUC